CAAAACAGUGGCAGAAGACUUGUCUUUCUUUUCAAUGGCGCUUCUGAUUCAAUACCAGUUUAUCCAGCCGAUCGGGUCCAAAUCGUCCAAAACAAGCUCUUACUCUUAUUACUAUUAGGCAUUGCAACAUUUCGUAGGCUAGGCUGUGACGCUCGGGGCGACACUGGCCUGACCCAAAACUACGGUCCGACUCCGAUCCGUAGAGACGACGGCAGUACGCCGGUUCACACCCACUGACUCUUUACGACUGAGAACGUGACUGAUCGAGCACCGUUGGAAUACAGGACGUAGUAAAGCUAGCAUCUACUGCAGCCUGGUGUGCUUUGUUGCCACUGCCAAGGCCAGGGUAGGGCUGACCAUCCAGUACGAUCGCAUACUACGUACACGGACAGGUCGAGGGUUGCUAAACUAAUACUGGCUCAGCAGAGACAAGAUGGCCGCUACGGACAGUGACAAAGUGGAGCAUGUGCUGCCUGGUAUGGCGCUGCCGCCGGAUAUGCCUCACACACAGGACAACAUCGAGUCGUUCCAGAUCAUGAGUAAUGAAGAUGCUAGGAAGGAGCUUGAGCACAGGUCCAAGUCUCCAGUCGUGGACAUUGAGGAUUUUGACGAGUCUCCCCCGGUCACGCCGGUGAUGCGGAGCGGUGCUGCAUCAGCGGCGACUUUACAAUGGGAUCCGUACGACAGUCGACUUGCUACUCCUUCCCCUGGUGAUCAGCCUGCACAAGAACAGCAAGAGCAGCAGCAGCAGCAACAGUCAAAUAAAGAAACGUACAGCACGUUACCACUUCGGAGAUCUUCUACCCCGCCUGUACCAGCCUGGGCUGUUAAAGAGAGUGGUGAUGGAGAUGUAGUUAUCGUUGAAGGACUCGACGAUGUUGGUAGUUCACGGGAAGGAUCACCUGACUUCAUGGCUAAGCUAAGGUCUUCAUCGCCGAACUUCUUUGCAACCAGUACACCUCUGAAGGGCAUUUCCCCUGGCAGACCCAAGCCAGGUUCUCUGCGUGGCAUGCUGAGCAAGCGCAGAGCUAGAGUAGCGCCCAUGUCACCGAGUCCACUCGUUAUGGAGAAUGCCGGUGCUGGUGAAGGUAUGGCUGGCCAAGAAGAUCUUGACACUGGCAAGGAAAGGCCAUUGUACUCCCAGGUUCACCGACAGAGCAAACCCGAUAGCAAUGCAACACCAGCAGCAGCACAAGGCAUGGAUGACACUGAUGCCAUUUCACCAUCACUGCCCAGGAAGACAUCCAGCAGUAAAGUGCUAGAGGAGACUCUGGCUGGUAUUGCCCCACCAUGCAGCUCACCACCACUCAAUGCGCGUCGGCAUCCCAGUGUUGGUGGUGACGCCAGAGACCGCACUGCUUCUACUGACAGCUCUGAACAGAUGAAUGAGACCUCACCGUAUGCCGAAGUUCAGUAUCAGAAUUAUGCCAUUCAGCACGAUGGCACACAUGCGGUCAAACCAGGUGCCCACAUGCCAUGUACACCUCCAACACGUCGUGAGUCAAUGCCUGUACCUACUACCGCCAAGAGUGUGACGUUCCGACAGGUAACCGGUAACGACUAUCUACUGGCUGCUGAUGCUGCUACUAACCAAGCGACUGCUACUGAUGGAGACUUACUGGAUAACUCUGCUGGUGACUGGAUUGAGGAUCCCACACACCUAACACCAUUACACUAUGCUGCAGCGCUGGGCAAACGCCGCUACCUAACCCUGCUCUUGAAGCAGUUGAAGCGUGGUGUCAUAGGCGAGCGUACUCUAGCUCGUCUGGAUGAUAUGCAGGAGACGACGAUGAUGCGAACGACCAACGCCUCUAUGAUGACAGACAUGGAUUGUUAUGAUGGGCAUCAGAGGACUGCGUUGAUGCAUGCUGUCCAUGGCGGUCACAUGGACUGUGUGCGUCUACUGCUUCAUGAAGGUGCUAGCGUUGAUGCAAGGUCUAACGAUGGCAGCACUGCACUACAUGUUUCCUGUUUUGAUGGCGACGCUAGCAUGGCCUCACUGCUCUUGCAUCAUGGCGCUGACCCCUGUCUUAUGGACACAGCUGGCAGGCUGCCAUUACACUGGGCAACAGCACCCUAUGGCAGGGUGUGUGUGCACGUCUUGAUGAAAAAGGCUCCUGAGAUGAACGUGAAUGCCUUGGAUGCAAGCAGCAUGACACCACUCAUGUGGGCUGCGUAUCAUGAUAGCCCUGAUGUCAUGGAGGAACUUCUACAGCACGGUGCUGAUCGUACAUUGCAAGAUGAAGACGGAAUGUCAGCCUGUCAUUGGGCAGUACACCCACAGCAUGAUCACGCACUGAAGAUUCUACUCGACACGAACUCUGUUCGGACACGUGAUGCCCGUGGCAAGACCCUCGCACACAUGUCUGCAGAGCAUGGUGCUGUCGAGUGCAUGAAGCUUGUGCUGUCCAAUUGGCCACAAAGCAUUCAUCAAUGUGAUGAUAAUGGGCGCACCCCGCUUCACUGGGCCACCGUGUGCGAACAACCUAACAUUAUCCGCCUCUUGUUGGUUGCUGGAGCUGACCCUAGUGCACCAGACAGGCUGGGACGAUCGGCUCGAGACUACGCUGCAAUCAAGAAACUACGCUACUGCCAGAUCUUGCUGAGUCGACCUAAGUUUGCUGCGAGUCAUGAAAUGAGCAUGGCACAGCUUGACGCAAGUAUAACGGGAGAAUUCAACGAACGUUGGUCACAGUGGUUAUCCGAUGGUUGUGUUCUAGGAAAGUACACACAUGAUGGACGGGGUCCUCUUCACAAGAGAUUCUUUUGGGUGGAUAUAUCUCACAAUGAGAUCUGCUGGUCCAAGGACAAGAAGAAACUGAAAGAGUAUUCAUCUGCCAAAGUUAUUGAUAUAGUACCUGGCGCAAGUGAAGCUGUCUUGGCCCGUGCAGACUACAGCGACAGGAAAAGACAUCACUUCACUGUACUCACAACCGACAGGUCUCUGGACGUAGUGUCAAGCAAUGCGGAUGAUUUCCAAUGCUGGCUGCAAGGACUGCGCUGCUUGAUCCAGAUGAAGACUGCGGCAGGAGAAGGUUAGUUUGUUGAUGCUACUAUACGUACUGAGUGCUCAGUCGAAGUACCGCGGCAUCACUCGAUUUGGUCUGCAUCAUGAUCCCGGUGAAGCCAAGCGACACCUGGAUGUACUGCACCAACUUACUUCACUAAGCUGAUUGAUGGUCCCGGUUUGUCUCUUAGUUGCAGAGUGACUCAGCCAUCUUCAUCCACUAGUCAGGCAAUGACAUCCUCACAUCAUCACAUGAUCACAGCCAAGCUACCACCAAUGCCACAUCAGUAUUCAUCCUCAUCCAUGUAUUCCAACUGACCAGUGAUAUGUCAACACAUUGCCAUUGCCCAUAUGUGCACACAUAUUCGUUUCUUCUGCCAUGAUGACUCUAUCCAUAGGUUGAUUUUGACUUGAUUAGUUCCUGCUGGCUCAAUCUAGCAAUUUGCAAUACACAGACUGGCACGAUGUCACGUGCCAAUCAUAUGCUUUCGAAACAAUAUUCUACAUUCUAGUAACGUGCUUCUUAAAAGCAAGUAGCAAAAGCAAAGCAACGACAUGUUAAACUUGAGAAAUGUAGUAAGAAUCUCUUGAUAAUCCAUAUCCUCAUUCUAUAGCAUUCUAUAUUAUUAUAGCAUCUCCCAUUCCAUUCAUAGGUAAACUGAGUUCGCUGCCAUUCUUGCACUAUUGAUGUCAUUCACAGGAACGAAUAUUAAAUCAUACGUUGAA